AUGUUGGGGGUACUUUCAUUGGUGAUUUUUGUGGCUGGCAGCUUAGCGUCGCCGAACGUUGGUUCAGCUCAUAAAAAAUACUACAAAACUCAUGAAACUAUUGCCGAAGCUGGGUAUCCUGUAGAAACUCACGAUGUUGUGACUCCAGAUGGUUACAUCCUGGAAUUGGUAAGGAUACCUCGUGGCAAAAAUGAUAAUGGUAAAGUCCGACCACCAGUUCUCAUGAUGCACGGUCUAUCGGACUACGGAGCCACCUAUAUUGCUCUUGGUCCAAAAGACAGUCUUGCAUACAAUUUAGUCGACGAAGGUGCUGAUGUAUGGUUAGCAAACGCGAGGGGCGUUGCCAACUCCCGUCGUCACAUUACCCUGGACCCAGACAACGAUAAACAGAAGAAGGAUUUCUUCGAUUUUACCUUCCAUGAAAUUGGAACAAUCGAUCUUCCAGCACUCAUAGACUACAUAUUGAAAGAAACUGGUCAAAAGAAGCUUCACUACGUGGGACAUUCCCAGGGUGGUACAGUUUUCCUGGUUCUCAACUCGAUGAAACCAGAGUACAAUGACAAAAUCAUAUCAGCUCAUCUACUGGCAGGAGUUGGUUACCAGAGUAAUUUCCCCAAUGCAGCCCUACGUGUAACAGCUUUGAGCGUUGACAUGAUCUUUAACUUCGCUAUUAGAAGCGGGCUUAUCGAGCUGAUAGGACCAAAUUGGGGAGACCAAAUUGCUGAAAUUGAAAAUCAACAGACUUUGAGCCUAGGUGUUGAUUCGAGGUCGUCUAUUCUGGAUGACAUAAUAAACACCGAGAAACUACUGCCCGGUGCAUCCUUAAAACAAUAUGCCCAUUAUGGCCAAAAUAUCCGUGAUAAGAAAUUCAGACAAUGGAACUACGGAAUUCAGAAUUUGCGUAAAUAUGGACAACUAUCUCCGCCAGAAUAUGAUCUUAGCAAGAUCACUGCUGAUGUGACAAUGCAUUACACCCUCAAUGAUAAUCUGCUUAGUGAACGAGAUGUCUUAAAUAUGGCCAAAGUUAUGCCCAAGGUGACUGUGAGAAAAAUUGCCAGAGAAACUUUCACACACACAGAUUUUGUAAGCGCAAACGAUGCUAAAGAAUUGGUAGUAGACUUUAUUGUUGAAAAAAUUGCCCGCUUCUAA